CGGAAAGAUAUAUCCCGCUUUCGCAUGCGACUAAAUGACGAAAUAAACCAUCAGCAGGAGAGAAAAGAAAAGCAGAUGACAAGAUCCACUUGAGAAAAUUCCGGAAAACCCACUCCCUCUGCUAUAUAUGAAGCUCUCUCUGCAUCGCACCCACCAUCCCCAUCCAAAGCUAAUUCCUUUCCCUUUUACUUCCUCUUACACCUGCUCUCUUGCUUCUCAGUCCAACGCAAACACAGCUCCAAAUCUUCACAAUUCAAGCCAAGAAACAAACUAGAUCUUCACAGAAUAGGAAAAUGGCAGCUGCAAGAGGACACUUCAACUUGACAGCAAGAACGCUGCCCGAAUCCCACCAACACUCGCCUUGGCACUCCCCCGUGCCGUACCUUUUCGGCGGGCUCGCCGCAAUGCUCGGCCUGGUCGCCUUCGCGCUCCUGAUCCUCGCCUGCUCUUACUGGAAGCUUUCCGGCCACUUCGAUGCCAGAGAUGACGGUGAAUCCUCCUCACAGAGCCAGCGUGACCUGGAGGCCGGUGCAGAGAAGGAGGGAGAGGAUCACGGCGACAAGAAGAAAGACAAGGUUUUCGAGGAGAAGAUAGUGGUGAUCGUGGCUGGUCGACCGGACACCAUGUUCUUGGCCACGCCCAUCUUGUCCCCUAGCAGCAGCAACUGCAGCAAUUGCAGUACGAGGUUGUCUAGUUUUGAGGAGAGUGAGAGCGGUAGUGUUGGUGAUAAGAGAGAGAAGUUGGCGGUCGGGGAGGCGGAGAUUGCGAGCAAGCAAGGUGAGUCUGAUCAGGUGGAUCACGGCAGGGACUUGGAGAACCAGGAUGGCUCUGAUCAGAGCUCUUGAUUGGGAAAUUCGUUUCCUUUUCUUUUAGAGUGAUUGGUUCUUGGUUUUGGGCAUGACUUAGCUUCAAGAAUUUUUCUUUUCUCUUUUUGGUCCUUACUAUUUUCCCAUCUUUUUAUUCCCCUGUUGUGGUCCGGGAGCUGUAAAUAUGAUACACCGAGGAUUCAAGCAUAUGAUUCUCUCUUUUCUUGAAAGAUCAA